GCACGUGGCGCUAGCCAAUCGCUGGCAACAACAGCUUCUCCCGCCUGCGGCGAACCCAAUCGAAGCAAAAUUAUACAAGUGAGGUGGCUUCUUCGUUCUUUUCCCUCGUUUGCCUGGAUCGCCGGUUGAAAGGAUAUUUUGGACACCGAGUACUCAUUUUCUUGCUCCUAUGAGAUACUGAGUGGCUUUUUUUUUCUCGCUUGAAGUUAUUGUUCGUGUGGCCCGCGUGGUGGCCAUUCGAGUUCAUCAUGACGAGACUCGUGGAAGACCCCCAGAUCAAAUAUGCUUCGCUGCAUAACCCGAUACCGACUCAACUCCAUGUCUACGUGUGGCCCUUUUUGAUCAUCUGGCCAACCUUCUUCGCCUUUUACCUCUCUCCCGAACGCUACGAUACGUAUAUCCAAGGACAGGAAUGGACUUUUGUGUGGUCCGGAUCGAUCCUCACGCUCCAGUCGCUUCUCUGGCUGAUGACCAAAUGGAGUAUCAACGUCCGGACGCUGUUCACUACCACCCGUGCCAGGUCUCCUGAUUCCGCUCAGCUUAUCAAGGUGAUUCCGGAGGCCAAUUCUGGAUCCGCCGAGAUCUGUCCGUUGGUUCGGGAUACCUUGGGUGGAGUUACCACGACCUCGUUCCUAUUCCAAAAGCGUCGUUUCAUCUACUACCCUGAGCGGAAAUCCUUUGCGCCCCUGUCGUACGCCUUGGACGCAGAGCCCAAGCCUGCUCUCAAGACCUUUCAGGAAUGCGAGGGUAUCACUUCCCAAGCUGAGGUUGAGCGUAUUCAGCAUCAUUAUGGGGAUAACACGUUCGACAUUCCCGUCCCCGGGUUUAUCGAGCUAUUCCAGGAGCAUGCGGUCGCGCCUUUCUUCGUAUUUCAGGUCUUUUGUGUUGGACUGUGGAUGUUGGAUGAAUACUGGUACUAUUCGUUAUUCACACUCUUUAUGCUCGUUACCUUCGAGAGUACGGUUGUGUGGCAGCGACAGAGGACCCUGAACGAGUUCCGUGGCAUGAACAUCAAACCUUACGAUGUGUGGGUCUACCGUGAGCGCAAAUGGCAGGAAAUCACCAGUGACAAACUGCUUCCGGGCGACUUGAUGUCAGUCAACCGUACCAAGGAAGACGGCGGCGUUGCGUGCGAUAUCCUUCUUAUCGAAGGUAGCGUCAUUGUUAACGAGGCCAUGUUGUCCGGUGAGAGUACACCUCUUCUCAAGGAAUCUGUCCAGCUUCGGCCCGGCGACGACUUGAUUGAACCUGAUGGACUGGACAAGAAUGCCUUUGUACACGGAGGAACCAAAGUCCUGCAGGUUACUCACCCGAACACCACCAACGGCGACGACUCUCAGCUGAAGACCUCUAAGGUCGGCACACCGCCAGACAACGGCGCUAUUGGUGUUGUUGUGAAGACUGGAUUUGAAACUAGCCAGGGCAGUCUUGUCCGCACUAUGAUUUACUCGACCGAACGUGUCUCUGCCAACAAUGCGGAAGCUCUGCUUUUCAUUUUGUUCCUUUUGAUUUUCGCCCUUGCUGCGUCUUGGUAUGUCUGGCAAGAGGGUGUCUCCAAGGACCGCAAGAGAUCAAAGCUGCUGCUGGACUGUGUUCUUAUUGUUACAAGCGUGGUUCCCCCGGAGCUUCCCAUGGAGCUCAGUCUUGCUGUCAACACUAGUCUGGCUGCUUUGAGCAAGUUCGCGAUCUUCUGCACUGAGCCUUUCCGAAUUCCGUUUGCUGGUCGCGUUGAUAUUGCAUGCUUUGACAAGACCGGUACCUUGACAGGUGAGGAUCUCGUUGUCGACGGUGUUGCAGGCCUCAGCCUAGGACAGCCUAGUGCCAAGGUCGAGAAGGAUGGCGCACACACCGAUCUUAGCAAGGGAAACACUAUCGGAGCUGAUACCGCACUUGUUCUUGCUAGUGCUCAUGCUUUAGUCAAGUUGGACGAGGGUGAGGUUGUUGGUGAUCCAAUGGAGAAGGCAACUCUUCAGUGGCUUGGGUGGACUCUCGGAAAGCACGAUAUUCUCACACCCAAGUCUGGAUCCUCAGGCGCCUCUCCUCGCUCUGCCGAUUCUGUCCAGAUCAAGAGACGCUUCCAAUUCUCUUCUGCCCUAAAGCGACAAAGCACGAUCGCAACCGUGGUUACCAACGACCGUAAGACAAACAAGAAGGUUAAGUCUACCUUCGUGGGUGUCAAAGGUGCCCCUGAGACUAUCAGAACCAUGUUGGUCAAUUCUCCGCCAAACUACGAAGAGACAUACAAGUACUUUACUCGCAACGGCGCCCGUGUCCUCGCACUUGCCUACAAGUACCUCUCUACCGAAGCCGAGCUCUCGCAGGGCCGAAUCAACAACUACACCAGGGAGGAUAUUGAAUCCGAGCUUACCUUUGCCGGCUUCCUCGUUCUGCAGUGCCCUCUGAAGGAUGACGCUAUCAAGGCGGUGCGCAUGCUCAACGAGAGCAGCCACCGCGUCGUCAUGAUCACUGGAGAUAACCCGCUAACUGCUGUCCACGUCGCUCGUCAGGUCGAGAUUGUGGACCGUGAUGUUCUUAUUCUUGACGCGCCUGAAAAUGACAACUCCGGUACUCGUGUGGUGUGGCGAAGCAUUGAUGACAAGGUUAAUAUCGAUGUUGACCCUACCAAGCCGUUGGACCGCGAGAUUCUGAAAACCAAGGAUAUCUGUAUUACUGGUUAUGCUCUGGCCAAAUUCAAGGACCAGAAGGCCCUUCCUGACCUCCUCCGCCACACGUGGGUUUAUGCUCGUGUCUCCCCCAAGCAGAAAGAAGAUAUUCUUCUUGGCCUCAAGGAUGCUGGCUAUACGACUCUGAUGUGUGGUGACGGUACUAAUGAUGUCGGAGCGCUUAAGCAAGCCCACGUCGGUGUGGCGCUUCUGAACGGGUCCCAGGAGGACUUGACUAGAAUCGCUGAUCACUAUCGGACUACGAAGAUGAAGGAGAUCUAUGAGAAGCAGGUCUCUAUGAUGCAACGUUUCAACCAGCCUGCACCGCCUGUUCCUGCUCAGAUCGCUCAUCUGUACCCGCCCGGCCCUGGUAACCCCCACUAUCAGAAGGCUAUUGAAAGAGAGGCAUUGAAACGAGGUGCAAAGGAUGCUGUGAAUCAGGCAGAGGCUAUCCCUACUAUCACAUCUCCUGGUGCUCAGGCGUUGCAACAGAAUUUGACUCCUCAGCAACAACGACAACAGCAGGCGUCCAAGGCAGCUGCCGGGUUUGCCGAUAAGCUUACUUCGACCAUGAUGGAACAGGAGCUCGAUGACAGUGAGCCUCCAACCAUCAAGCUUGGAGAUGCAUCUGUUGCCGCGCCCUUCACCAGUAAACUAGCCAACGUCAUCGCCAUUCCCAACAUUCUCCGUCAAGGCCGCUGCACUCUCGUCGCAACUAUUCAGAUGUACAAGAUUCUUGCCCUGAACUGUUUGAUCAGUGCCUACAGUUUGAGUGUCAUCUACCUUGACGGCAUCAAGUUUGGUGAUGGCCAAGUCACCAUUAGCGGUAUGCUGAUGAGUGUUUGCUUCCUCUCAAUUUCCCGUGCAAAGUCUGUCGAAGGUCUUUCCAAGGAACGCCCACAGCCAAACAUUUUCAAUGUCUACAUAAUUGGUUCUGUCCUUGGCCAGUUUGCCAUCCAUAUUGCGACACUGAUCUACCUAUCAAACUAUGUUUACAAGAUUGAACCGAGAGACUCUGAUGUCGACUUGGAGGGCGAGUUCGAGCCAUCGCUUCUCAACAGUGCCAUUUACCUUCUCCAGCUUAUUCAGCAAAUCUCCACCUUCUCUAUCAACUACCAGGGCCGUCCUUUCAGAGAGUCUAUUCGUGAGAACAAGGCUAUGUACUGGGGAUUGGUUGCCGCAUCAGGAGUUGCCUUCUCAUGUGCUACUGAGUUCAUUCCCGAGCUGAACGAGAAACUCCGCCUUGUUCCCUUCAGCAACGAGUUCAAGAUCACGUUGACCGUUCUGAUGGCUCUCGACUACGCUGGCUGCUGGGUGAUCGAAAACGUGCUCAAGACACUCUUCAGCGACUUCCGGCCCAAGGAUAUUGCUGUUCGCCGCCCAGAUCAGCUUAAGAGGGAGACUGAGCGCAAGAAGAGAGAAGCACUUGAAAAGGGCUCGGCUAAUGGUCAGCCCAAGACUGCUUAGAUUUCAAGUUUGGGGCCUUCAUUGGAGUAGUAGAUGGUUAGAUUUUCUUUUCUCUAAUCUGGGAGAUGCCCUAAUGUGUUUGUAUAGAUAAACUGCAUUCGCAAGUAUAUAAGAAUGAUUGAAUUAAUGCAAUAAUAUUAGUUAGUGCGCUUGUACCGAGACCAUGUAGUUCGGGAUUGCCUG